AUGAAGAAGAUAGUAGAUGCUACUGAUGAAACUUUUGGAGGGUAUAAUUCAUCAUGGGGUCAGUCUGGAGGCUUAAGGAGUUCAGAAGAGUGUACUCCAGAGUUAAAGACAUCAUAUGACUGUGAAAACCCAAAGGAGUCUGAAUCCCCGCGCUUUCAAGCUAUACUUCGUGUCACUAGUGCACCUAGAAAAAGGUUCCCUGGUGAUAUCAAAAGUUUCUCACACGAGCUGAAUUCCAAAGGUGUACGGCCUUUCCCAUUUUGGAAGCCUCGAGGUUUGAAUAAUUUGGAGGAGGUUUUGGAAAUGAUAAGGGCAAAAUUUGACAAAGCAAAGGAAGAAGUGGACUCUGAUCUGCAUAUUUUUGCAGUAGAUCUGCUUGGAAUUCUGGAAAAGAAUGCAGAAAGUCAUCCAGAAUGGCAGGAAACUAUUGAAGAUUUGCUGGUUUUGGCUCGGAGCUGUGCUAUGACAUCCCCUGGAGAAUUUUGGCUUCAGUGUGAAGGCAUUGUUCAAGAAUUGGAUGAUAGGCGUCAGGAGCUCCCCAUGGGCACGCUGAAACAGCUUCAUACUCGAAUGCUUUUCAUUCUCACGAGGUGUACUAGAUUGUUACAGUUCCACAAGGAAAGUGGGUUGGCUGAAGAUGAACAUGUUUUUCCGCUUCGUCAAUCCCUGCAUUCUGCUGAUAAAGGUAUACCUUCAGGCACGGGAAGAGAUGGAAAAAAUUCUAGUGCUGCAAAGCCCUUAAAACCAUCCUCAACAAGGAAAUUUUACAGUGAGGAGCAGCAUGGUCUGGAUUGGAAGAGAGACCUUGUUGUGCAACCUGGAAAUUCUUGUUCUCCGUCAGCUGCUGAAAUCACAAAGGACUUAGACUCUCCUGCAGUUAGGGAUCGGAUGGCUUCUUGGAAGAAAUUCCCAACCCCUGUUGGUAAAAGCCCAAAGGAAGCUAUGCCGGUGAAGGAGCAGCAGAAUGAUAAUAAGGUGGAAACUUCUAAGAUACCGAGCAACCGGAGAGGAAUGUCUGAUUCAGAUUUGGUGACUGCUAGGCCUCCUGAGCUUCCUCCAAAAGAUGCACAUGGUCAUUGUUCAAUUCCUUCGAAGCACCAACACAAAGUCUCAUGGGGUUACUGGGGAGAUCAGCCAAACAUUUCUGAUGACAGUUCAAUAAUAUGUCGCAUUUGUGAGGAGGAGGUUCCCACAUUGCAUGUAGAAGACCACUCUAGAAUUUGUGCAAUAGCAGAUCGAUGUGAUCAGAAUGGGAUGAAUGUGAAUGUGCGCCUGGUUAAAAUUGCCGAGACUCUUGAGAAGUUGAUGGAGUCGUUUUCACAGAAGGAUUUUCCACAUGCUGUGGGGAGCCCAGAUGGGGCAAAAGUAUCAAACUCGAGUGUUACUGAAGAAUCUGAUCUUCUCUCCCCGAAACUCAGUGACUGGUCUCGUAGAGGUUCAGAGGACAUGCUUGACUGUUUUCCUGAAGCUGAUAAUUCUGUUUUCAUGGAUGACCUUAAGGGUUUGCCAUCCAUGUCAUGUAAAACACGUUUUGGUCCCAAGUCUGAUCAAGGAAUGACAACGUCAUCUGCAGGCAGCAUGACACCUAGGUCCCCAUUGUUGACGCCGAGGAGCAGCCAGAUAGAUCUGCUAUUGGCAGGAAAGGGUGCUUGCUCUGAGCAUGAUGAUCUUCCGCAGAUGAAUGAACUUGCCGACAUCGCCCGUUGCGUAGCAAAUGCUCCUUUAGAUGAUGAUCGCUCUUUGCCAUAUUUGCUCUCUUGUCUUGAAGACUUGAGGGUUGUGACUGAUCGCAGAAAGUUGGAUGCACUUACUGUGGAGACGUUUGGAGCACGCAUAGAAAAGCUGAUUCGGGAGAAGUAUUUGCAGCUUUGCGAGCUAGUUGAUGAUGACAAAAUUGACAUAUCAAGUACUGUAAUUGACGAAGAUGCGCCUCUGGAAGAUGAUGUCAUACGGAGCUUGAGAACAAGCCCUAUACAUCAGAGCAAAGACCGUACCUCUAUAGAUGACUUUGAAAUUAUAAAACCAAUCAGUCGUGGGGCAUUUGGCCGGGUUUUCUUGGCAAAAAAACGCACAACGGGGGAUUUUUUCGCGAUAAAGGUACCUAUCUGUCUUAUUGCUAGUUGCACACGUUAUAAAAUUUGUCAUUUCCUGAGCCUAUUUUUGUUUCGCAUUAUCUUAUGCUUUUCUUUGUUUGAUCAUACCAGUUGAUUUUUCUACACGCAUGUCAUCACACAUGCAUUGCAAGGAACUCAGUGGCCUAUGAUCAUUAUGGACAUUUUUUUUUAAAUUUUCAUUUAGGUAUAUUGCGCAUGCAUUGUAAUGUAUUAAGUGGCCUAUGUUCAUAAUUUCGAAUGGUUGGUUCUUGAGUGUUAGAUAGUCCCGCUGCAACAUAUACAAAAGAGAAGUUGGACCAUGUUGGUCAUAUUAACCUGCUGCACCAAUUGUGAGUUUUCAAAACUGUCAUCCCCUGUUGAGAGAUAUAUUUAUCUUUAUACAGAAGGAAUUUGCAUGCAAUAGUUUGGUCUCGAUGCAUGUGCUUUGUUUGUGUGCUUUUCACAUAUCAGUAAUUCUUGUUGUAGUAUCUGACAUUGCACCAUGGGAACACCUACUGGUGGAUUCUUCAAUGCCAAGUAGUUUGUACCAUUGUGCUAGACAGUUCAUUCAGCUGUAGAUUUUUCCCUAAAAUAGUACAUAUUUCGAAAGAUCAAUUAUUAGUUAUUGUAAUUUUCUGGUACAAGAUAGAAUGGAUGGAUUUUGAUUGGUGUUACAGCCAUAUAUCAUCUUUACAUGCUCGUUUAUGUACCUUGAGGACUCAUUCCUCCUGUCAGAUCCGAGCCACUCGUUGCUUCCUCAAAAGAAGUUUGGAUUUUACUCCUUAUUUUAGGUUUGUCUCUGUUCUCUGUCUCUGUAUGUGUCUCUGCGUGUUACUUUAAGAAAGUUUUUGUGAUCUGUCAUAUUGUUCAACAUGGAUUGGGAAAUUCUUGGACUGAGUACUGAAUCUGAUUCAGUUCAUUGGGAGGUGUUUGGGUGUCACUUCAUAGUUUAAAAUAUAAUCAGUCCAUGUUCUAUUUUUCCUAUUGAGCUUGUGUCAUGUAUGAUAUUCUUUAUGAUGGUGGUGGUGACCUGUUGUAUUGCUCAACAAGGAUUGGAAAAUGCUUGGACUGAAUACUGAGUCUGAUUCAGUUCAUUGGGAUGUGUUUGGGUGUGCGUUUAUAGUUCAAAAUAUACUCAUUCCAUGUUUAAUUUUUUCGAUUGAGCUUGUGUCAUGUAUGGUAAAUUUCUUUGACCUAUUGUAAUGUGCUCUUUGAUUUUGAAUUAUCCAUAUCAUUUUGAAAAUUGUCAAACUGUCUCAUUCUGGACAUGAGCUCCAUCAUAUAACAUUAGGAAAAAAAAAAUAAGCGUUUGCAAUUUAGAGCGACACCCCUAAUGCACCUUUAAAUGAGAAAAAAGAUUUGGAUACAUAUUCACUUCUUCAUUUUUAUUUUUUAUUUCUCUCUCUCUCUCUCUCUCUCUCUCUCUAUAUAUAUAUAUAUAUAUAUAUAUAUA